UCAUUUAAAAUUAUUUUAUUAGCCAUUUCUUUUCAAAGUAGCCAUCAUGUGUUUUAUCCAAAGCCCUCAUUCAAGACUUCAGUUGUGACCUUUGAAGAAUAAUUGGCUCUUAAAGACAGUUCUAUAUUAAUCAAUAUGUUUUUAUUGUGCUCUUCUCCCUCAGUCUCCCAACCCCACCUCACCUCUUCCUUUCUAUACUAUCCCUAUGCAAAAUUAGACAGGGCUGUUAGAUGGAUCUGUUUCAAAAAAGAAGAAAAGGCAACCAAAUCUUCUCUUUGUUAAUGGUUGAGUUGUUUGGGACUUUUUGUAUAGAAAUCCAAAUACUUUUUUUAAGCACUAGACAGAGAGCAAUCUCUUUCCUUCUGUUGUCAUCCCUCUCAGUCAUCACCUACCCAGAGUAUGGGUUUAAUUAAAUGGUCUUGAGUAAGCACUAAAAAAGUGGGAAUGCCUAUAAAAGAGUUACAGAGCUACUGUUUAGAGACAAGGCAAGAUCCAACUCUAACUUUCUAAAUAUAAACUAGAACAAAACCACAGACAUUUAAAGUUGAAAGAGUUCUUUACCCUUCACUAUAAGUCACUCCUCCCUUAGUUCUUCCCAUGGCAAAACUUCUCUCAUAACCUAGCCAACAGAUCAUGAUACAGCUUCUAUAGGAACAGUUCAUUGCUUUAGUAAUGGUCCAAGUCAUUCUCAGACAACUCUGCUCCUUAGAAAGUUCUUAAGAACUAGUCUGCUUUUUAGAAAGUUUUAAGCAUUGAUUCCAGCUGUGUUACCUGGCAUUACACAAAAUAAGAAACUCAAGGUAAUGAAAAAACUAUGGGUUCAGAGACAUGCUUUCUUAAGGCAUUUCAAUUCUGAAUCUUGACUCUGCCAUUUGCUAGGUACAUGUCUGUAGGCAAAUUGCUUAACAGCUGAAAGCCUUAACUUCCUUAUCUGUUAAAAGACGAUAAUAACUACCUAAAAGGGCUGUGAGGAUUAAGAUAGCCCAUAUAAAGCUCCUGACAUGUCACAGGUGUUCAAUGAGCAUUAAUUCAUUUCUCUUCCACACCCAUAAAAGCCCUGCAAGUAUUUGAAGACAGUUAUUAUGUCUCCCGUAAGUGUUUCUUUCCAAUCCAGGCUUGAACACACCCACUUCUUCAGGAGACUGGCCAAUGAGGGCUGGAGGCCCCUGGAGGACUGGAAGAAAUAACUUACUCAACUCUAAACACUCCAGUUCCUGCAUAGUGUUGAGAAAUAAUAGUUGGUACUCAGGUGAUAUUAACUAAUCAGAACUAAGAUGACCUUCACAUGCCAAUUCCAAUUCCCAGUAGUCUUCUCUCUUUGGGGGGUGCUGAGAAAUUGUUUAUAGGUGUAAAUUAUCAGUAAGGAUUUUUUCCCCAAAAUUUAGUUCCCUUGUAUGUUUCUUGACAAUCAGGAAAUUUGGAACAAGGUUUUUGCUCAAUAGCAAUGCUUAGAUUCAGCUUUCUGAUAUAAUUACCCCUAUUCUCACCCCAUCAUUAAUUUGGCCUGUAUCUUUUAUACUUGUUUUCAUUGAUCUUUUGUCUAUUUAUUUCAUCCUUGGAUGAGGAGGCAAGGGUGUUUUAAAACAUCCUCUAUUUUCUUUAAAUAUCUAAGAAAAAAUUGAAUCCAAUUCUUAUUUUCAUUAAAUAUUCUCUACUAAGAAGGACCCAAAUCUAGGAGAUGAUAAAAAUGUUUGCCAGUUCAGCAUCUCAGACUCACCUCGGUUCUCAGCUUGAUGAUUUCAACAUCUCCCUUUCCCCUUUACAGAGAGAACACAGUAAUAUAGAUGAUCAGUUCCAAGCUCCUUGAAUAGUAAAAAUGUCUUUAAAAAGCAGAUCUCAAUCACAUUUUUAAAAUAGUACAUCUUAAGUAAGCAAGACUUUGCACACUAAGCAAGAUUUUUUUUUUUUUUCCUAACUCUGCCUCUGGGCUAGGAGAGCAGAGCAUUGAAACACCUGAAUCAACUGGUAUCUCCACUUCUGUCACAUGGCUAAAUAGGGGCCUUUAUUUUUAAACACAUGAUUGACACCCCUCUCUCAGGGUUGGGUCAAAUACAGGCCAUCCUGUGGACAGACAGAGGGAUCAGAUGACUUAUGAGGUCCCUGCCAGCGCUAUGAUUUGUCAAACAGAAAUGUAAUUAUGUCCUUAGGUAAAAAAUAAGGGAAGGAAGCCAACACUACCUUGAAGAUCCUUCAAAACCAUAAUCUCCAAAAGUCAGUAAAUGAAUCAAGAAACCCCUUCCCCUUUCUUUUGAUGCAUCUGAAGCUAAGAUUUCAUUGAAACUGACUAAAGAAGGAAAUAAAAUUAAGACAACUGAUAACAGAGGAGGAAAGAUUGAGUUUGGUGGUGAUAAAGCAGGUCAUUAAACCCAGAGGGUGUCUCCUUAACUGCGCAAUUAGGGACUCAAUAAAAGGUUCCAGCUCUGCUGUCAGCUCAUAACCCGCUGCCCCAUGUUCUACCUGCUCUCACUUGUGAACUAGCCUCUCUUGAGUUUGUAAAGAUGCCUCGGCUCCUGAGAGAUGUCCUCUGUGUAAUUGGGACAUUCCACAAAUAUGCCAGUGAGGACAGUAACCAGACAACACUGACCGGCAGAGAACUGAAGCAACUCCUCCAGGGCGAGUUUGGGGACUUUCUUCAGCCAUGUGUCCUUCAUGCUGUGGAAAAGAAUUUGAAUCUUCUGAAUAUUGACAGUAAUUACAUCAUCAGUUUUGAUGAAUUUGUUCUUGCAAUCUUCAACUUGUUGAACCUCUGUUAUCUUGACAUACAAUCAUUGCUAAGUUCAGAAUUAAGACAGGUGACUAAACCAGAGAAGGAGAAGCCAGAUGAUGUGGAUCUUCAGACAGCCACUGGAGAUGGUCAGUGGACAGCAGGAACUUCACCAACUCAAGAAGAGAGGAUGCUUCCUUCAGGAAUGGCAUCCUCAUCUCAGCUCAUGCCUGAAGAAAGUGGAGCAGUUGGAAACAACAGAGUGGACCCAUGGAGAGAACCCAAGACUCACAACUUUCCAGGAGAAGCAUCUGAAUACAAUGACCCUAAGAACCAACACCUGGAAGGAGAUGAACAGAGUCAGGAAGUGGCCCAAGAUGUACCAACAACAGAAAACAAUGAAGGCCAACUUAAGACAAAGAAGCCAAUGGAAGGAUCAAAACAGACCAGCAGUCCCACAGAGAGAAAGGGACAGGAUAAGGAGAUCCCCCGAGAGAGAGAUGAACCAGCCAGGGAGAAAAGCGUUUCCAAGAUAAGAGACCAGUUUGGAGAACAGGAAGGAAAUUCGGGAACCCAAAGUUCACCAGCGCAAGAAGCAACACAGAGACCAUCUGAAGACCAGAAAGUUAGAAUAGAAAAGGAGAAACACUCUAACACACAAGAACCAUCCCUGCAAGGGGAAGAUGAACCCAAUUCAGAACAUGCUGACAUGCCAGAACAAGCUGCUGCCAGGAAACCAUCUCAGACACAGAAAUCAACUGAUCCUGAGGAUGUCUGUAGAACAUUUGACAAUCAAGAACCAGGAAAGGGAGCUGACCAGACACCAGCUGAGACAAAGAAAUCAGGUGAAACUGAGGAUUAUGGUAGAACAUCUGAGUUCCAAGAAAAAGAAUGUGAAACAAGGGACCUGCAAGACCAAGGUGGUUGCAGAAAUCGUUCAGAAUCAUCUGACAUGAGAGAUGAAAGGAAAGAGAGGAGAGGCCCUGAGACCCAUGGAACAGCAGGACAGAAAGAACAUGACAGAAAAACUCAGCCACUAGUUCUGGAAACCCAAACACAGGAUGGGAAGUAUCAGGAACUCCAAGGAUUAUCAAAAUCAAAAGAUGCUGAAAAAGGUUCUGAGACACAAUAUCUAAGCUCAGAAGGAGAUCAAACUCACCCUGAACUCAAAGGAGCAGCAGUCUCAGGAGAAGAGGCAGAACACACUGAAGAAGGCACAGCAGAAGCAUUUGUGAACAGCAAAAACGCACCUGCAGCAGAAGGGACACUGGAGGCAAAAGAAAAGACACGAGAUUUAGCACCACUUGAGAAGCAGUCUGCAGGAGAAAACAGUAGGGUCACCAAGACUCAUGACAAACCAGUUGAGGAGGAGGAUGGUUACCAGAGGGAGGACCCUGAGUCACCAAUCACACAGAACGAUAAGGGGUCUUCUGAAACUCCCAACAGCCUGGUUUCAGAGGAAGGCAACAGCAGCUCAAAGACAGGUGAACUGCCUAACCAAGGGGAUUCCCAGAGUCAAGGGUACUCACAUGGAGAGUCUGCACAGGGAGGUCACGAUAAUAACUCAGGUACCCAGAGGCAGGGAACACCUGGAGAGAAAAACAGAGCUCAGGAGGCAGUGGUGCUGGCAGUCAGAGGAGAGGAUAUACAGCUCACAGAGGACCAGGAACAGCCUGCCAGAGAAAAACGCAAGAGUCAAGGCUCAGGAACCAAAGGCCCAGGUGCAGCUGUGGAGCCCAACGGACACCCAGAAGCACAGGAAUCUACAACAAGAGAUGAAAACAGAAAGUCCCUGGAAAUAGAGAUCACAGGUGCCCUGGAUGAAGACUUCACUGACCAGCUUUCUCUAAUGCAGCUCCCUGGAAAGGGAGAGAGCAGAAAUAAAUUAAAGAUCCAAGGCCCAAGUAGCAAAGAAAAGAAAGGUAGAGCACCAGAGGCCCAGGAUACUUUGUUAAAAAGGCUGGAUGAGGACAAUUCAGCCUCCCCCCAGAUACAACUUGAAACAGAGGAACCUGUAACAUUGGAGGAGGAAGAUGAAAGUCCCCAAGAGCUGGCAGGAGAAGGUGAUAACCAACAAAGGCCAACCAAGGAAGAGCACAAUUCUUCAGUCUCCUGGUCAAGUCUUAAAAAGCAGAUGCAGAGAGACCAAGAGCCCUGUUCUGUGGAGAAGAGUACGGUCCAUUCCAGCCCACUAUACCAGUACCUACGGCAGAAGAUACUGCAGGAAACAAACAUAAACCAAGAGGAGCAUCAAAAACAAGUUCAGAUAGCUCAGGCUUCAGGCCCAGGGCUUUGCAGUGUAUCCCUCACCAGUGAGAUCUCAGAUUGUUCUGUCUUUUUCAACUACAGCCAAGCAUCACAACCAUACACCAGGGGACUUCCACUUGAUGAGAGUCCUACUGGUACACAGGAAACACCAGCUCCCCAGGCCUUGGAAGUUAAGCAGGGUCACCCUCAGAGAGAGAGGCUGGUACCGCAAAGGGAGGCAAGCACCACGAAGCAAUGAAUCAUUAUCAUCUCAACAUACCCCCAUCUUCUCUCCCAAUCACCCUCAAUAUUCACGUGUAUACAUUCAUAUGCAGAGUAACAAUCUUCUAAAUUCCCUUCCUAAGUUUCUACAAGAGCAAAUAAUAAAGUAUUCAGCAGUGGGAGCCACCACCAAAGAAACAUCUGACCAAACAAAUACAGUCUGUAAAACUCCUACCAGACAGUGCUACUUCCAAGUGCCAGAAUGGACUUCGUCAUGAGGCAAUUUAUUUCAAUAUACCUGUCAUUAAAAAUAGAAAUUCCUUCCAUAUCUUUAUCGGGUGCCAAUUUUUCCAGCUGAUUCAUUGAAUUUAAAAUGUAGCAGUAAGAAAUUAUGGGACUCUGCAAUACUCUCUCAUAACCAUAAAAUGUUAAUUCAUAGAUAUAGAUUAUUCUGCUUCGUGACAUUUCCUAGAAUUAUUUCAAGUUCAUCCUAAAAUUUUACCCUUCAAAAUAACUUUAGAUAUCACCAUAAUUUAAUUAUGGUUUUCUAGCACUUGACUACUCAUCCAACAAAUUUUUAUUAAAUCCCACUCCUUACACAAACUGUUCACAGCUUCUGGCUCAAAUAAACAAUCAGAACAAUUAUGAGAGAGAAAACACAAAUCUAAAGUGUGCUUGAUUUCAUAAGCAGCUCUUGUAACCAACCAUCCAGUGAGUCUACUAAAGGUUUACGUAUACGGUCUGAUGAGGGCAUUAAAAUCUAAUUGAUAAUUAAACAACCUGAUGAUCAAUUUCUUUUGUUGGUUCAUUUUUUUUUAUCCUUAGUUCUCUAUCUUGCCUUGGAGACACUAAUCAAAAACAAAAACAAAAACAAUCUUAGUUAUUUGUGUUUUUUCAAAAGACUAUAAUUAAAGUAUGAUACUCUCCAAGCUUAGUCAUGAGUCAGGAAGGGAAUAAAAUUGUUAUCAUACUAUGUUUCCUGAAGCCAAAAAGCAGGCCAAUCCUCCAUCUCCUAUUGCAUUCUGCCUUUGAGGUUCAGUAUUCUUCCACAUCAACCUUCACAUUUUCCAGAGCCUAAAAUCCAAGUAUAUAC